AUGCCGCAGAAGAUUUACGUUACCUACAACCAGGUGCACAAGCUGUGCCAGACCUCGGCCGACCGCAUCCUGAAUGCCUUCCACCCCAACCUCAUGAUCGCCAUCGGCGGCGGCGGCUAUGUCCCUGCCCGUAUCCUCCGGUCCUUCCUCAAGCGCUCCGGCGAGCCCAACAUCCCCAUCCAGGCCAUCGGCCUCUCGCUCUAUGAGGACCUCGGCCGCGGCGACCCCGAAGAGGUCCCCGGCACCAAGGUCACCCGCACCCAGUGGCUGGAUCUCAGCUCCCUCGAGAUGGCCAACCUGAUCGGCAAGAACAUUCUCAUCGUCGACGAGGUUGAUGACACGCGGACGACCCUGGAGUACGCCGUGCGCGAGCUCCAAAAGGAUGUCGAGCUGGCCCAGAAGCAGCUUGGUCGCGAGGGCGAGAAGACGAACUUUUUCGUUUUUGUGCUCCACAACAAGAACAAGCCGAAGAAGGGCGUCUUGCCCGCUGAUAUGAUGGAGUCGGGCCACUACCACGCCGCCCUCACGACCGAUGACGUCUGGAUUUGCUAUCCCUGGGAGGCCAAGGAUAUCGACGAGCACGACCGUCUCUCCAGCGAGAACCCUCUCAUCUGA